AUGUUUUUUCAACAUUACUGCUGGACAGCUGGGUCUGAAAUACGUCAGAAGGAGAAACAGUUACCCCUUCCGUGUAAAUUGAUAAUUAAGUCGGUUCUUCCUGUAUUUAGAUGUGUAAAUAUACUGGAAAGGAAUGUAGAGAAAUGCAACAUUUAUACAAAUAUUAAUGAUCAUCACAUAACUUUUCAGCUCAUCUGUAAACAUGGUAUUGUAAAAACCCACAAUCUGACUUUUCAAGAAUGUGAUCCACUACAGGCUGUUUUUGCAAAGCACAUGUGUCCAAAUGUACUUAAACUCCAAUCCAGGCUGCUGGCUGAUAUAAUGAUUCACUUUCCAAUGAGUCAAGAAGAAGUAACCCUAGCGGUUACUCCAAUAAAAGUUUGUUUCAAGAGUUACACUGAGGAAGACACUGACUUUUCAAAGGCAAUGCAUACUGAAAUACAACUAAAUCCAGAUGAAUUUGACUAUUUUCAAGUUGGAGUGGAUUCUGAAGUAACAUUUUGCCUUAAGGAAUUGAGGGGACUACUAGCAUUUUCAGAAGCUACCAGUACUCCUGUCUCCAUCCACUUCGACAUAUCUGGAAAACCAAUUGCUUUCAGCAUUGAAGAUAUGGUGCUGGAAGCCAGCUUUAUUUUGGCUACCUUAUCUGACAUUGAAAACGAGACGGCCUCUGAACAGCCUCCACGCUUUUCACAAAGGCAGGAAAGCUUGAAGGCACGUAUGAGUAAAUCUGAAAAAAACUCUGUGGAGAGAGAUAGUAAUUCAGAAGCAAUAGCUUCCAGAAAGCCCCAAUGGAAUGGAAAUUCACAAAACACGGAGCUGGCAGCACCUAGAAGUCCUUUGGCAAAACAAGAGAUAAAAAUUCCCAAAAUCUCAAAUAAAGAUAUUACAGGCAUAGAAGGAACCACCGUAACUGAGACAGAUGACUGUACAAUGCUGGAAGCAAGGUCAACACAUUCAGAUUAUCACAAGUCUAAGUUACUGCACACUGCAUCUUACUUUUGUAAAUAUUGCAUUUUCCAGUUUCAUUCCUUGUUUUUUGGAGCAGUCUCUUUUAAGGAGAAAGAUGCCAUCAACCACAUCUUCCACAGUUUAGCAACAGCUAGUGACACUGAAGAGGAUUCUGUCAAUAUGCAGAGAUCUCAAGUUCUCUAAUGAUAUCAAGUGUCUGCAAUAGUCUUUACUUAGAGAUUACGACUGUCUUCAAAGAUAGAAGU